AUGCAUCACUCUCUAUUUUAUGAUGACUUAGAGACUAACUCUUCGUUGUUGAAGUCGGCUAAAGGUAAACCAAAAGGAUAUCAUCCUACCCCAAUUACUUGCUUUGAUCGUGUGAUCCGACCAUGUGUCGCAGAACUUGUCGCUGUAUUUUUUUGUAUUUUCAUUGCAAAAGUGAUGGAAUAUGAGUUAAUGGUGCAUAUAAUGAUAAGCAAUAAUGAACGAAUUAUUAUGCAAGCGUUGACGGAUUCAGUAACUGUCGUUGUUAUGAUCCUAGCCUUUCACACGGUCCAUUUGAGUCCAGUAAUCACUCUUGUUGAAUUGUUUGCACUCACUACUGCUUGGCCGAUGUGUUUUGCUAUAAUUUUUAUUCAAAUUAUAGCUUCCUUCGUUGCUAUCACUGUUUUUGCGAUGCUUCGAUUUGGUAAUUUGGAAACACAAAUGGCUCGUAUUGUACGUGAUGUUGGUGUUGACAGUAUUGGAGCUGAAUAUCAUUUGGUACUUUCACAAUUCAUUGGUACAUUAUUGGUUGUUACCAGCCAUCUUCUGACAACCACUCGAACAGGUUCAGGACUAACAGCUAUGUCUCGACCAGCAGCAAGUCCAUUAUCAGUAGCUGCUGCAGUGUUCAUUUCAUCUUUACUUUGGUUAAUUUUACACUUUGUUUUAGCAUCAAAUUGUAUGAUAAAACUUUGUUGCUUUUUGAUUUUUUCAAUAGAUAAAAACAUAGCAAAGAAAAAUUUGAAUUUUUGCAUUUUUUUCUUUUUAAAUUUGCAUACUUCAUUACUGCUUUACAUAGCUACAUUUAUUGACAGUUUAUUGAAUUCAACAAUCGGAUGGAAUCCGCUACUUGCAUUUGCAUUGGCUAGUUAUGGCAGUAUUAGCUGCAACUUCACCUAUCUAAAAAUGCAAGGAAUAUUCUGGAUUGGACCCUGUUUAGCCUCUCUUUUUGCGUGUUUCUUAUACAGGUCACGUUUUGCUCUAUACUUUACAUUUUUUUUAACACCAAGUUUGUCAAGUACAUAUUAUUUAUCAACAAAUUUACUUGAUUCCAAGAAAUGAAA